AAGAAGCACUCGUAACAGUGAUUUGUAGCGAAACAGAGUGCAAAAAUCUCACUGACCUCCACCAUGACGACGAUGCUCGUUACACUGUUCGUAUCAGCGGUUGUGACAACCCUCGCAAUCCUUGUAUCGACUUCUCAAACCGGUUAUGGCAUCUUCGCACCGCCUAAAAUUGCCGGUUCGCGUGAUGUUUUCCCGUCGGCCAAAGUGGUUAACUUAACCGGAGCCUCCGGUCCGGAGAGUAUAGCUUUCGAUCCAUCAGGGGAAGGUCCGUAUGUUGGCGUCUCCGACGGUAGAGUCUUGAAAUGGCGCGGUGAAUCGCUUGGAUGGACUGAUUUCGCUUACACAUCGGCUAAUAGGGAGAUGUGUGUUCGCCCAUUUGCACCAGAGUUGGAGCAUGUGUGUGGAAGGCCAUUAGGAUUGAGGUUCGAUAAGAAAAGUGGAGAUCUUUACAUAGCGGAUGCUUACUUUGGUCUUCUUGUUGCUGGUCCUGCUGGUGGUUUAGCCAAACCUUUGGUUACAGAAGCUGAGGGGCAGACGUUUCGUUUCACUAAUGAUUUGGACAUUGAUGAGCAGGAUGAUGUCAUUUACUUCACAGAUACCAGUGCCAUAUUCCAGAGAAGGCAAUUCUUAGCUGCUGUUUUGAACGUCGAUAAGACUGGAAGGUUUAUCAAGUAUGACAGAUCAAGCAAGAAAGCAACGGUCUUAUUACAAGGCCUCGCAUUUGCAAACGGCGUUGCACUAAGCAAAGACCGGUCUUUUGUAUUGGUAGUUGAAACAACCACUUGCAAGAUCCUAAGGCUUUGGCUCUCUGGUCCAAACGCAGGAACCCAAGAUGUGUUUGCUGAGCUUCCGGGUUUCCCUGACAACAUCAGAAGAAACUCAAAAGGAGAGUUCUGGGUCGCUUUACACUCAAAGAAAGGUCUUUUCGCGAAACUCUCGCUCACUCAAACUUGGUUUAAAGAUUUGGUGCUUCGACUUCCGAUCAGUCCCCCGCGGCUGCACUCGCUGUUCACUGGAGGAAGACCUCAUGCUACAGCCGUGAAGCUGAGUGAAUCAGGAGAAGUUUUGGAGGUACUUGAGGACAAGGAAGGAAAGAGAUUAAGGUUUAUAAGUGAAGUGGAAGAGAAAGAUGGCAAGCUUUGGAUUGGCUCUGUUCUCAUGCCAUUUCUUGGUGUUUAUGAUUUGUAGUUUUCUACAAUGCUUAGACUUAAUUGUCUUUGUAGUGUUAUAAGUUUAUAUGAGUAUCACAUUUUCACAAGCCAUAACUAUGUCGCACGUUAACUCUCAUUGUUAUUUGUUUUUACGUCCA